UCAACAAUGGCCAAAGCUCUUGUUAAAUAUUUUGGUAUUGCUCUUGUGUUAAUACUUGUGACUUUUCUGAUAUGCUCGGAAGCCAGGUCUAAUAAAUCAGGCUCAUCCUCUUCUCGCACCAUCAGAUUUCCUCUCUACCACAGAGAAAAGUUCAUAGCUUCAAACUUCAAGGACCAACGCUCCCUUGUCCGGACUCGUCUGGCCCGCGACAAUGCGCGCUUUCAUCGUCGUCAUGCAUCAUCUUCUGCUCAGUUCCACAAGCACUCUGGGAAUGAUCUUAACUAUACUGCCGUGCUCGAGGAAGGCGGGGAGUACGUCACCGUUUUGAAAGUGGGAAGUCCGUCGCAGAACGUGCAGCUGCUUGUGGACAUAGGUACGCCUUUGACAUGGUGGCAGUGCCAGCCCAAUUGCAAGUAUUGCUACUCCACGCCGCACCACAUUUUUGAUACGAGCACGUCGUCCACGUAUACUGAGACGGAUUGCGCCGAGGGAUUCUGCGAUGUAACCCAGCUUUUUAUACUGGGUUGCAUUCGCCGCGACGAUCCCAAGUGCCAUUACAGGGUUCAAUACGUCGACGGGUCUGUCUCCCAAGGCGUCAUGGCGAGAGAUGUUGUCGCCACCUCUGAGGGUGUGACUCUCCAUAACUCUUUCUCUUUCGGAUGUGGACGAAGCAAUCAAGGUGUGACAAUGUUCAAUGCGGACGCUACGGGGAUCCUAGGGUUUGUACCGGGCGGAUAUUCGUUUCCCUCUCAACUCCAGGCUAACACAUUCAGCUUCUGUCUCCCUACUUACAAUACCACUACGAGUGGAAGUCUGUACCUGAAUUAUUACCCGUCGGCUUUUCAGUAUUCAAGUAGAUCGAUGUUGAUUAUUAGAACGGGCCACUAUUAUUUGGAUUUCAGCGGGGUAGAAAUUAACCAGGAAGCAAUUCCAAUUCCUCCAGAGAACUGGCAAUGUGACCGGGAAGGGGUUGGCGGUGUGAUUAUUGACACAGGGAGCACCAUAACCAGGUUCCCCAAGAAAGCCUAUGACAUAUUCAAAGACUAUUUCCUGCGUAACGCUCAGGGCUUGCCUUUAUCGCAACCCGAAGAGCAGUUAGAUACUUGCUUCAAUGUGGCAGGUGUCGGAGAGUGGGAAGGCUUCGUCCCUAAGGUUUUCAUUUUUAAGUUUACAUUGAAUUGGAAGAAUUGAUCGAAAGAAAGAACCACGUUAGAUUUUUGUUCAAGUGGCCGUCUGGUCGGCCCCUGGAGUUCGAGACAGGUCAGCUUCUGAUGUCGGUGGGCAAUAACAAAUAUUGCCUUGCAUUUGGCGCAGGAGGACCCACCACAAUCAUUGGGAGUUGGCAGCUACAAGGCUCGCUUGUUGGCUUCGAUCUUCCUAAUCAUCUUGUCGGAUUUCUCCGUGCAAGUUGUUAGUCUAUUUCAUUAGCUAGCUCGCUCGAUUGAUUGUUGUACAAUAUGCAAUUAACAAAAAUAAUAAUCAAUAUUGCAUAAUCUAUUCUACACUCAAA